CCAAACAGUGAAGGUGUAAGCAGCUACUCCGAACCGCACAAACAACGUCUGCAACAAACGGUACAGUUUCAGUUCGAAAGGCAAACCCAACUAAGCAUUACAAGAUGCCGGAACUGCUCGCUACAUCCUUGCCGGAGUACAUUGCUUUCGGACUUAAGGAGGUCGCCCAGGAACAAGGAUUUACGGAGGGCUUAUACCGCCUCGAAAGUGAAUCCGGUUCCAACAUGGGCGAUGGAUUCGUUGGUCAGCUGUUGAAAGUGUUUAUACGCGAGGCCGAUCGUGAGCUUGUAGUGCUGUGCAAACUGCUUCCGGAGAGUGAAAUGCGUAAACAGCAGGGCAUACCACUGUUUGACAGAGAAACGGAAGCGUACAUGCAAAUUCUUCCCCUGCUGACAAAGUUCCAAGAUGAAAAGGCCCUCGCGAAACAUUUGCCCCGGUUUGACAAUGUGCCUCGAUGUUACUACGCCAAGACUACGCUCGACAAGAUGGAAUCCGUGAUCAUUAUGGAGGAUUUGCGCUUGCAGGCGUACCGUAUGUGGGACAAGGCGAACCCUGUCGAUUUCGAGCAUGCCCGGCUACUCAUGGCCACCUUGGGUCGUCUUCAUGCACUUUCGUUUGCGAUGAAAGAUCAACAGCCGGAAGAGUUUGCCAAGUGCCGAGCGUUCGAAGAUCCAAUGGGUAAAAUGUUGGAGCUCGAUCCUACCAAAGGAUUUGAAGUGAUGAUGGCCGGCAUGUGCCGUAGAGCAAUCGAAACACUGGACCAGCACGAUAACUUCCGGCGGGAGAAACUGAAGCAGAUACAGGAUCGGUGCGUGCAAGAAAUUGUUGCCUGUACGGAUGGCAAAGCAGCCGAGCCGUACGCUAUUGUAGGUCACGGUGACUGUUGGUCCAACAACAUGAUGUUCCAGUAUGCAGAAGAUAAUAAAACACCUUCAAAUAUUAAACUGAUCGACUGGCAGCUGUCCCGGUACGGUUCACCCGUGCUCGAUCUGGUCUACUUCAUCUUCAACUGUACCGACGAGGAGAUGCGUUCCCAUAGCUACCAACGGCUACUGAGCAUCUAUUACCACAGCCUUAGCGAGCAUCUGCACAACCUGGGAGGAGACGUUGAGCGGCAGUAUCCACGCAUCGCUUUCCGAGAGCAGUUGAAAAAGUUUGGCCGGUACGGACUUGUGAUGUCCAUGAUGGUGCUACCGAUCAUUUGCACUCCGAACGAUGAGCUGCCCGAUACGGACACGGCAAUGGAGGGUUUCAUGAAUGACAUGACUAAUGGAAACACCAACGCUGAGCUGGCGUACGGCACGACGGAAAAGGCCGCGAUUCGCUAUCGAAAACGAAUGUCCGGAUGCAUUCGCGAUACCAUACGCUAUGGAUAUAUUUAAGUUGGUGCAACGGAGAUAUUCGAUAAGUAAUGAUAUUGUGCUAGCCCUAGAUGGUUUACUCGUGAUAUGAUUUAAUUUACUCAGCUAUAGUUUCACGCGAAUUUCAAUGAGUAAAAGAGUGUUCAUAGAGUACAUUAACGAAAA